UCCUGCUGCCGGCGAGGCGGUUGCAGUGUCCGGAGUGGAGGGGGGAGGAGAGCGGAGCGAGCUGGAGAGGAACCCGCCGGGGCCGAGAACGACGGGCCCCCCCCGCCCGGAGACGCGGAGCCGCGGGAGGGGAGGGGACUGCACGGCGCAGGAUCAUGGAUUUUCCAGGACAUUUUGAGCAAAUCUUUCAGCAGCUAAACUACCAGCGUCUUCAUGGUCAACUUUGUGACUGUGUCAUUGUGGUGGGGAACAGGCAUUUCAAAGCCCAUCGCUCUGUUUUGGCAGCAUGCAGCACACAUUUUCGAGCUCUCUUUACUGUAGCAGAGGGAGACCAGACCAUGAACAUGAUCCAGCUGGACAGUGAGGUAGUGACAGCUGAGGCCUUUGCUGCUCUGAUUGACAUGAUGUACACUUCCACACUCAUGCUUGGAGAGAGCAAUGUUAUGGAUGUCUUGCUGGCAGCUUCUCACUUACAUCUGAACUCUGUUGUUAAAGCAUGUAAACACUACCUUACUACGAGGACGCUGCCAAUGUCGCCACCUAGCGAUAGAGUUCAAGAACAAAAUGCACGUAUGCAAAGAUCUUUCAUGCUUCAGCAGCUUGGACUGAGUAUAGUGAGCUCUGCAUUAAAUUCCACCCAGAGCACAGAGGAACAACAAAAUACUAUGAGCUCAUCAAUGAGAAGUAACAUAGAACAACGCACUACUUUUCCUAUUCGGCGUCUCCACAAACGGAAACAGUCUUCUGAAGACCGGGCCAGACAGCGAAUCAGGCCUACCAUAGACGAGUCCAUCAUUUCAGAUGUUGCCCCAGAGAGUGGGCAGUCGGUAGUUCAUUCACGGGAAGAAUUUUUUUCACCAGAUUCACUGAAGAUUGUGGACAAUUCUAAAGCUGAUGUUGUGACUGAUAAUCCAGAGGAUAACACCAUUAUGUUUGAUCAGUCUUUUGGUGCCCAAGAAGAUGCCCAAGUGCCCAGUCAGUCUGACAACAGUGGAGGAAACAUUUCGCAAAUGUCCAUGGCAUCUCAAGCAACACAAGUGGAAACUAGCUUUGACCAAGAAGCUACUUCUGAGAAAAACAACUUUCAGUGUGAAAAUCCAGAGAUCAGUCUAAAUGAAAAAGAACACAUGAGGGUGGUGGUUAAAUCCGAGCCCUUGAGUUCCCCAGAGCCUCAAGAUGAAGUGAGUGAUGUCACUUCCCAAGCAGAAGGUAGUGAGUCUGUUGAAGUGGAAGGAGGAGUAGUCAGUGCAGAAAAGAUAGAACUGAGUCCGGAAAGUAGCGAUCGCAGCUUUUCUGACCCACAAUCUAGUACUGAUAGGGUUGGUGAUAUCCAUAUUUUGGAGGUGUCAAAUAACCUGGAACACAAGUCUACGUUCAGUAUCUCAAACUUUCUGAAUAAGAGCCGAGGUGGCAAUUUUGGUGCUAAUCAAAGUGAUGACAACAUUCCAAAUACAACCAGUGACUGCAGAAUGGAUGGAGAUGCCUCUUAUUUAAUGAGCCCAGAGUCUGGGCCUACUAAUGGCCAUUCCUCUGCUACUGUCUCUCAUGUGGAGAAUCCAUUUAAUGAACCUACAGACUCCCACUUUGUUAGACCUAUGCAGGAUGUAAUGGGUCUUCCAUGUGUACAGACUUCUGGAUACCGGGCAGCAGAACAGUUUGGGAUGGACUUUCCAAGGUCUGGCUUGGGACUACACUCUUUAUCAAGGGCAAUGAUGGGCUCUCCAAGAGGUGGAGCCAGUAACUUUCCUGGCUACCGUCGCAUAGCCCCCAAAAUGCCUGUUGUGACCUCUGUUAGGAGCUCCCAAAUGCAAGAUAGUACACCUAAUUCCCAGUUGAUGAUGAAUGGGACCAGUUCCUCUUUUGAAAAUGGGCAUCCUUCCCAGCCUGGUCCACCACAGUUGACCAGGGCAUCUGCUGAUGUUCUUUCAAAAUGUAAGAAGGCCUUAUCUGAGCACAAUGUUUUGGUUGUAGAAGGUGCUCGCAAAUAUGCCUGUAAAAUCUGCUGCAAGACUUUCUUGACCUUAACAGACUGUAAGAAGCACAUCCGUGUGCACACAGGAGAAAAGCCUUACGCCUGUUUAAAGUGUGGCAAACGAUUCAGCCAGUCCAGCCAUUUAUAUAAACAUUCCAAAACUACCUGCCUGCGGUGGCAGAGCAGCAACCUACCCAGCACUUUGCUUUAAUCCUUACCCCCAAGCCCGUACAAAUAAUGCCAAUACAAAUUGUAAGAAUGUGAACUGUGUCUGGAAUAUUAACACUAUUUUGUUCAAGACUGCAGGUUAAGAAGCUGCCAUUGUAGUAAACAUUUAAGUGUGAUCGUGUCCACCGUGACCCCCCCGCCCAAAAAAAAGAGUCUUGGUCCUGUAAAAUGGGGAUAAUACCAUACCUACCUCACAGGGGUGUUGUGAGGCUUAAACUGUUUGGAAGCGCUUUGAGAUACUCUGAAGGAGGCAUUAUAGAAGUAUUAAGUAUUAUUAUUAUUAUUAUUAUGUGAAUGCAGGUCUUGGGCUCAUGGGGAUACAAUCCCUAAAACCAAGUAGUUCCUUUGCUGUGGGGGGAGGUGGGAGAGAAGAAAUAGGAGGGAAUGGGUGAAAAUGUAGCCAGCUCCUAAUUAUGUUAAAGUAGCGCGUUUCAAAGAUGAGAAACUGAAGUGCAAAUUUUUUUUAGGAAUUUUGUAAAAUUGUGAAAGUGUUUUAAAUAAAUAACUUGUAAAAUAAGUUGAUACAUAAUGUAUAUGAACAAAAAUGCAAAGAGCUCUUUCCUGUUACUAAUGCAGAUUGUUUUUCUUUAAGGAUAUGCAAUCUUAGAUACAUACACCUGUCUACCACAAAAUGCUUUAAAAUGUUAAUUAUGAAAAUAGUUGUAGGGGUUCUGAAUGUAUUUUUGGCUGUUUUCCUGUAAUGGACACUGUAAUGAAGGUGCUUAUCUUGAGUCCAAGACAAGUAGCGUUUGGACUGUUAGAUGUAUAUAUAGUUUGAAUACAGCAAGAUCUCUUAGGUGUUUCACCAUUUUUUCCUGUAAAAACUUGUAAUGAGUGAUAAGUGAUGUACUGUUUCUGUAUGUGCUAUUCUUAGCAGUAUUUUAACCAACUUGUAUUUCAUAUGUUAAAAUUCCAUAUACAUAGAUGUCUGAAAAGAGCUUGUUAUUGUCUACUUUAUUUUAAAUGGGAGAUAUGAUUUGUGGUGGCUUUUUAUUUGUGUAAGAUAGUCUUACCCUUUCCAGAUGCUGACAGUCAAUCUGAUCCAAGUUAUUGUGUAAGCAGACUAUCCUUUUCUGAUGCUCUUAUCUUCAGUCUUUUUAAUUUCCUUCUCCAUAUACUUAUUGUCCUCCCAACCAUGGAUUGCUUUGAUCUGAGGAACAGUCAGGAAUGAGAGCCUGUCUUGCGAUAUUCAUAUGCCUCUAUGUAUAAAUGUAGUGGUUGACUCUAAUUCUUCAAUUUAGAGAAGAAUCAUAAAUGUACUUUCCCACAAGUAAAAAUCCAACACAUUUAAUUUAAAAAAUAGCACUGUAUACCUUGUAAAACAAGUUCAGUAAUCUCUGUGUCCCAUGAAUCUCACAGAUCUUAUUUUAAUUUCCUCUUCUUUGAUGCCAUUAUAACUAAUACUCUUUGCAGUUGUGGGGUUUUUUUUGUUUAAGAUGCACAUGAACUAACUCCUGGAGUUCAGCAAACUGGGUUUCUAUUAACAUUUUGGAGCACUUUUACUGAUCAGUGUUACUCUGUUUAUGCAGAGUCUCGGUUAGUGCUUCAGCACAUCUGUCACAUCUAAAAGAGACAGAUCAUGAGCAUCUAAUAUAGCUAAUCUGCAGCAGCAGCAGUUGGGGCUUUUUUAAUAUAAAAAAAGCAUUUGCAAACUUCCCAGCCUCCUCAUCUUCAAUCUGUUAUGUAGCAAACUCAUUCUGUGUGGAGUUACUGUCUGACUUUGAUUAAACCUUUGCUAUUUUUUAAUAGGGAUGUUGGCCUCCUGAAAAAUCUUGGAUUUAUUUGAAAUGGAAGGUGAAAAUUAAAUCCUUAUUCCUCAGUUCUGUAGCUAGUUUAGUCUUGAGUGACUGAGACAGUUGAAACAUUGGAACUAAACAAUCAUGAUCAGUACCGCAGAAACAUGAGGAUAUGUAUGAAAUAUCUGUCUGAGAGAGAAGUAAAAUGUACUCUUCUCUCCUGCUUUGUGGUGAGAACUGCUUAAGGGCUGUUAACAUUUGAUUUGCAAUGUCAGCUUCUAAGUUAAGCAGGAACUUGGAACUGUUAUGACACGAUUACUACUUUUAAAACCUCACAGUCCCAGGACUGGUUUUUAAUGGCUACAGUUCUGGCUUUUUUUUUUUUUUUUAAUUUAAGGCACCAAGGAAAUGUACCAAGUUCAUGAAUAAUAUUAGAAAAUUCUGCAUUUUAUGUGGUAAUCAUGUUGAUGUCAAGGGACUAACAGCAUUGAACGACGUCAGUCUCGCUGCAUCUCCAUGAAAACUCUAUCAUCACUACAAUGUGGUGUUCUCUAAUUUAAUUUUGUUGAUGUGUUGCCUUAUUGCUAAUGUCUUGCCUAGCUUUUUAAUCUCUUGCCUUUUUCCAGUUUUGUUCCAAAAACUAUUUUCUAUUUUCCAGCUGUAUUCUUUAUCUAGCAUCUGUGUCUAAAACCUUCCCACUCACAGGAAGAAAGCAGAGAGUGGGGUGGGGAAAUCAAUGCACUUAAUUUUAAGAGUGAAUAUGAACAUGUAAAUGAAACCUAUAUUUAACUGUACGUCUGGAUCAGUUAUUAUAAUAUGUUUGUGGUUAUGUGAAAGGCCAUGGGUGGUAAGGGAGGGCUGCUCUCUUCAGAAACAACAAAGAAAAAAAAACAUUGGGAAUCUUUUAGAUGUAACAAACUUAAUUUUCAGUAUAUCAAAUGAUAGUGUUUCUCGAAGGACAUAUUACAGCUUCAGUAACCCAUGUCUAACUGCUGUUGCUUUCUUGGUCUUCCUAUGUGAAGCAAUAUCUCAGAAUUAAACACUCACUACUAAACUGACCCAUCUUGUAAAAUUAUAUAUUGCUUAUCUCCAUACCUGACUAUAAUUACAAAAAGAGCCUCACCCCACUUCUAUUCAGACUUAACAGCCGAGCACUAUAGUGCAGUCUCAUCUGCAGCUCUCCGUAUGUUUCUAGUGUUAUGAGAUACGUCUGACAAUAAACACUACAUUUUUCUGCU